AUGCGAUUGAUGAGUUUAAGAUCAAAUGUGGAGAAACUCGGCGCUGUUAUAUUCGCAGUGACAGGCAGCUCAAGACCGAAUGCAUUUGCUUUGCUGGGUUACGCUGGAGCUAGAGAUCGCCUGUUCGUUGCAGCAGCUGAUCGAAGCAAUUUCCAGGAAGCCAUGGAUGAGGCACUCGGAGUGUGCGAGCCGACAUCAUCAGUGGUGACCCCAACGUCGAAAAAUCGCCGGAUACAUGGAGUGAGGGCUACUCGUGCCAAAGAGCAGAAGAACCUUUUCAUCGCCGGGCAAAAAUGCGGCUUCGAAAAGGUUGAUCUCACGCUCGUACUUGAUACUUCCGGCUCAGUCUUCAGAGUGUUCGAAGAUCAACGUGAAAUCGCUUUGAACAUUCUGGACGAGAUACCUAUGGGCGCAUACUCGGACGCUGUACAGGUGUCAGUGACUCGAUUUGCUGCUGGCGCUGACGUGAUUCUGCCAUUUCUGAAAGGAAGAGCUCUGUCGGAGAUCAAGGAUGCUGUGAAAGAAGUGAAAUUCACCGGACAGAAUACGAGAAUUGCCAGCGCUGUCGAAAUAGCCCUUGACGAGAUGGAACGUGCUAAACGACCAGAUGCUAGACAGGUUUUCGUGUUGAUUUCCGACGGCCAUGGUCAAGAAUACUGGAAUGUUGUACAAGCCACAGGAAAACGUUUACAGAAAAAAUUCAGGCUGUCUCCUUUCAGGAAACAAGAGCUGAGUUGUUCGCAAGACGCCGUGUCAGCCAGUCAAGACUAUAAUGAGGCUGAAUUGUUGAUUUAUGUAGGAGAUAAAAGCCGUGUAUUCGUCGGAGAGAAGUACAAAAGGUGCGUCCAGGAAAUGUCCACGAGUAUUGCAGCUCUUCACAGAAAACAGUGA